AUGGCGCACACCUCAGAUACUGGCGCACACAGAGCGGGGAUGGCGCAUACCUCAGACACGCCCGGACCAGAGCAAGAGAUGCGCCAAAGCGAGUGUCCAGGACCUGAAGACUCGCGCUGUGCCGAAGAGGCGCACUCAGCCGUGCCGUCCCUGUCAGUGCUGACUGCUGUGAUGCUGGCGCCCCCGUGUGGUGACGACACAACCUCCAGCUGCCCUGGCGACACGUGCUGUCUGGAGGAGAGUGCGUCCGACCCCAGGCUGUCCUCAGUGAAGCAGCACAUGCAUUUCUUUAUCAACAAAGCAGAUGACCUCCACAAACAGCUCUCCAAAGGUGUUUCAAACAGAGAAGAUAAUACAGCGUUGUUGGCCAGUUUCCUGUUCACCUGCCAGCCGAUCUUUAACUACCUCGCAGCAACAGCCCAUGGCCCUGUGUCAGACUCAGUGCGUUCUCAGCUUUUGGAGUGUUCUCAGAUUCUCUGUAACAAACUGGAGAAUUUGGUGUUGACAUGUGCCGGCAGCCGUCUUGUGUCUCUGAAUGAAGCGGAGCCUCAGAGCAUUUCCCAUUUCCACAUCGGCCAGUUCAGAUUGAGCCCAUUCAGCGUGACAAUUUUUUGGUACUGUCGGCCCACUCCAUUUCUGGCCCAGGCCGACACGGGAUUCCACAAACGAAUGCGGUGGAAUGUGGGCCAGCUUGGUGAAACAGAAACAGAUAACACUGAAUUUUACUUCCUGUGUUGUGAAGAUGUGGACACUCUGUCUGGAGGUGUGAGAAUGUGGUCCAUCGGUCAGUGGAUCCAGGUCAGCCCUGAAACUGACGACAUAGAAGAGUGGAUCCUGUGUGGGGUUCCUCAGGGCACAUAUCUGAAGCGCAUGAUUUUGGGGAGUGAGGAGCCGUCCUGUGGCGACGCUACUGAUUGUCUACUGCAGCUGAUAAUGUUGGACCAGAAGUGA